CACGCUAGUCCGGACUCUUUGCAAAUGGCAGCCCUAGGAGAGAGCAUCAGACAGGCAACACAAACAAACAACACAACCAGCCAGAAUAAGGAACGGCAGAAUUUUGUCUCGUGGAAGAACUGCACGUUGUAAAUUUUUUGCCGUCUUCUUUUUCUCUUUCUCUUUCUGUCUGUUCUCAACGAGCUCACUCCUCCUUCCAUCCCUCUGCUCCUCUCCCUCCCUCCCUCUAUCUCCCUCCCUCUCUCUCUCUCUCUCUCUCUCUCUCUCAUUCUCUCUUGCGCUCUCGCAGUGGUGGAAUGUAGAUGGGGCUGAGUGUAUGCUUGCUGCUCCGCACGAUAUCAACUGCUUGCUGUUCGGCGACGGGUUUCUCAGCCGCAAGAAGGGAUUUACACCACACAAGGAUUUGACAAUAACAACAUCCACCUGCAUCCUUCAGGAUCCUGCAUUUCCUGGGAAACUGAUACCUCCCACUGUCUCUUCUGGGUCUGAGCUGGAGUAUCUUAGCCAGAGCUUGUGCGUGCGUUCCGCAGAUCCCUGCUCCCAUAAGGAUGUUAUAAAUCUGGAGAAGCUUCUGUCAUAUUGCAUCAUGAGGAUUGCAGAGUGCAUUUCUCUUAAGUGACCGGCUUUUUGGGAUGUAUAUAGCUGAGUCAGCAUUGCAAAUACAGAAAGGCUAGUCGAGAUCUUGAAAAGGAAUUAACAGGAUCGAAGGAGGGGGAGAGAAAAAUGGGAGCCAGUGUUUCAUGGGGGAACUUUUACCUAUCUGCUUAUGAUCUUGAUUGAAGAAGCUACUACAUCGGAGAUUCAUUUUAUUUGUGGUAUCAUCCACAAGAGGGGGAUUUGAUGCUCUGACAAGAGAAAGUGCUACUGCAACGAGAAAUCAUGCAGAUGAUUUCUCUACUCCCGUUUCUUUCACAUCUUUUCAGAGCGCCUUUAUUUGCUCAUACUCUUGUCUAGCCGCGAUCUGGAAGUUGUCUUGGACAUAUUAGUGUGGAACUGGACUGAAGGACUGUUUUCUACCUCCGGAAAUUUGAGUGAAUGUGCAUGUCUGAUUGUGAGUUUGUGUGUUAGUUGGUGGCGGAGUGUGAAUGUGAUUCAGUGAAUGUCUGCCUUGCUGUGUUCGUAAGGAUUUUGCUGGUGUUCCGACUUUAUUUUCUUUUUCAAUGUCCGGCAUAACUGCCCGGUGUUUUGCCCCGUGUUCCCCAUGUCUGCUGAGCACCCGGCCCUGGGGUUAACCCUUUCUGUGCCACAGGCAAGAUGAGUGACAGCUCUGGAACACUGAACUCAGGGGCCAUGGUGCUGGAGGAGCCCGAGGGAAGGGUCUCCGGUGGACGCGAACAAGCCCAGGCCCCUGCUCGUGGUGGGCUCUUACGGUGUGGGCCCUGUGCCCUCUGGCCCCGCCAGCAGACCUGGCUGUGCGUUGUUCCACUUCUCAUUGGAUUUAUAGGCCUGGGGCUCAGCCUGAUGCUGCUGAAAUGGAUCGUAGUGGGUUCUGUGAGAGACUACGUACCUACGGACUUGGUGGAUGCCAAGGGAAUUGGUCAAGACCCCAUCUUUCUGUCCAAACCAAGCACUUUUCCUAAGGGAUCUGACACCACCACAACCACCACUACUAUUGGAGUAGUUAGCUCCUUCAGCCCCACCGUCACCACAGUGGUGCGGGGCAGAACUCGAACAGGAACUCCCCCAAACAUUCCACCUAGAGGUGGCGGGGCAUCCGGCAGCCAGGUGACCCAGAAGAGCCCUUCUACGCGCUUUGUGACACGCCAUCCCACCCUCACUACCACCUUGUCCAGCAUGUCUACAGUCCAAACAUCCACCUCUACCCCUUCUCCUUCUAACCCCGCUGUUCUGAAUGACUCCACCCAAAUGUGGACGAGGGAGCAGUCGUCCACCGAGAGGCACGUGACCACGCCUGGUCGAACCCAUGUCAGCCGAAAGACACCAUCGCCAACUCUUCCGCCUUUGAAAUCUGAGCAUUUCAAGCCGUGUCAGGAGAAGGAUCUGGCCUAUUGCCUGAAUGACGGCGAGUGCUUUGUCAUCGAGACCCUGAGCGGCCCACACAAACACUGCAGGUGUAAAGAGGGGUUCCAGGGUAUUCGCUGUGACCAGUUUUUGCCCAAGACCGACUCGAUUCUGUCUGACCCAAUGGAUCACUUGGGCAUUGAGUUCAUGGAGAGCAAGGAGGUGUACAAAAGACAAGUGAUGUCUAUCACUUGUAUUGCCAUGGGGAUCAGCUUUCUAGGCACCCUUUGUAUGGCUCUCUACUGUCGGAACAAGAGGCGGAGAGAAAAGCUUCAGGCUCACUUAAAAGAAAGCCGCAGCCAGAAAAACUACAACCUCAAUUCUUCCAGUCUGGUCCUCAAACCCAGCCUUAGGCCUCAGUCCGGUCUGCAGCUGCAGAAGUAUUACAAACCCACAAGGUCUAAUCCACUACAUGGGGGCGCAGUUCGCGAGUCAAGCUUCGCUCAAAGCACUGCUGCUUCUACCAAUCCACAGGUCACGUCAACAGGAAAACAUCCCAGGAGCGGUUCCCUUUCUCACAAUCCAGACCAAAAGAGUCGCUCUGGUCUUCAGCCUGCUCCUCGCAGAACACCGCCCAUAACUAGAGGAUGUCUCAAUGCCAUUGGUGGAUCAAGAGAUUCUGGUCCUGCCUACCAACAUCUACAGGAAGUAGACAGCUUAGAGAGGGAGUCAGUGAAAAGAAACAUUUCAGGCCCAGCUAAUGAUCUACAUCAGGAUUCCUUUUACAAUAUGCAAGCCUCACAGUCCUGUAAAUCAUGGAGCAGCCACUUCGACUACAGGUCUGCAAGGAGCCUCAGGUCAGGCCCCCCUGGCCAAAGUCCCUUGGCUCCCUACCGGCCAUGCUCCAUACCCAUCAUCCCCUCCGUCCACUCCUAUCAGGAUGAGGACUCCUGUAUGCAAACGGCACCGACCAACGAAAGCAGCCGCAGUUCAUCUCCCCCAAAAAGCACUGCGGAUGGCCCUGCCGUCAAUCAACAGGCCACUGUAACAAUUUCCAAUAGAGCGGCUGGUCAACAAGAGGAAGUGGCCUCUUUGCUAGAUGAGGCUCAGGAACAGGUCAGAGCACUAGUGUACGCCCAGAGAAUGCAGGAGGACAUUGUUGGCUCCGUCCCUCAGGGGGCCAAGGAGACUGUGUGCAUCCUUUUAGCAAAUGGCGGGGGACAAGGGGGAGUGGCCUCUUUUGGUCCCACAGAGACUCAGCUAGUGAGUCCAAGAGACACACACAAAGAUGCCACAAAGCUUGGCCAAUGAGAAGGUUUGGGAUGGUUCGAUAGGACAAACCACAAACAUCCCCAGUGUCUUGGGCAAGAAGCACCAGAGUGCUCUGCCAAAUUGGGAUGGAUCACCGAAUCUACCAUUCAAUUUCCGAGGACCUGCUCUGUGCGUAUGGGAGACUUACAACCUUGACACGUGAAAAGAUAAUUUAUUUAUAUGCAUUUAUUUAAGGAGAAACUUCUAUUAGAAAAAGAAAACCAAAUAGUCUGUCAUCUCCAUGGUGUUUUUAACUGUAUAAAAUAUACAUAAAUAUAUAUAAAUGGAUAUAAAUAUAUGAAUUCAAACCGAGUGACCAAGAACAAAAAAGGAAUAUGGGAAUGAAAAACGUUUUUAUUGUAUCAGUACAUUUAAUGACUCGAUGGUCGGUGGUUUGAAAAAAGUACAUUUUAAAACGCAAACAAAAGGGAGUUGUUUUCCACUCACCACAUUUCCAGCCAAGCUAAUGUUGUCCAACACACAAUCUUGUGUUUUGCACCUGCAGCAGCUGUGUUUACUAUCACCACCCCAGUCACUGUCCUCUACCCUGCCAAGGAACAUGGCUCCAUCUGCCCUAGAAACAGAGCAAGCAGAUUACGGAUCACAAUCAGACAAAACUUCUAAAUGAACAUUGCAUCCAGGCAUGAGGUAACGGACAGUCAAGCACUGCCCCCAAGACAUGAAUUGGAAGAAAUUGAUGUGUCUGUCAGUUUCUGGAACAAUCUGCUUAUUUUACUGUUUUGUGCCUCAGUAAUGUUCAAUUAGGUUCAGAUAUGAGCAAAGAUAAACUAAGUGCACGGAGCACGUUGUAAAACGCACCACCUGAGAUGCACAAAACAUGGCCAAUCUGAAUGGAGAGCGGCGAGUCCUGCACAGGAUAACAGGAAGGGAUCAAGCAUCACAAGGAGCUUCUGUGGUUUUUCGUUUAUUUUCAUGAAAUGAACUGCUGCUUCUGAGCGGAGCAGUACGCUACCCGCGGACAUGCUAUUUCUGUGAAUUAACAACCAAAUGUGGUAAGAAAGAAGAAUUAACAAAUGAAUCUUUGGUGAAGCUGUUUGUUUGUUUCCAAUGUUUGUUUGUUUGUUUGUUUGUUUUCGGAACCCCUAUUCACACAGUUGUGCAUGUUGGUGGUGUUUUUGCAGAGUCAAGCCAUGAAGACAGACAACUCGUGGGUUUGAUAACAUUUGAUAAAUCUGUCACAGUUGUAUCUCGAUGAUUCAAAUGCCCGUAGUGAUCUACAGACAAGCCACUCGAAGACAAUUUGGAGUAGAAGACAACAUUGUCUGCUUAUUAGUAGAUCAACUAUAAUAACAAAUGAAUGGUCUGCUCAGUUUUAUAGAUCGGUCUUAAUAGAUUUGGUCAAAUUUGUGGAUUGUGAUGCUGUUUAUAUUUAUUUUUUAUUAUCUUUCUUUUUGAGUUGUGUCACUUUCAAACAUCUUAAAUAGUUCAAUCAAAAAUGAGAUAUUCUGUCAUCAUUUACUUACCCUCAGAUUGUUCCAAACCUGUAUACAUUUUUUUGUAUUGAUGAACACAAAGGAAUGUCUGUAACUAAACAGAUUCCAUCCCCCAUUGGCUCCCAUGGUAUUUAUUUUUCAUACUAUGGCAGGAAAUGGGGGAUUUUAUCUUUUUGGUUACUGACAUUCUUCCUUUGUAUUUAGCAGAACAAAUAAAUGUAUACAGAUUUGGAACAUUAUGGGGUUGAGUAAAUGAACAGUGAAUUUUCAUUUUUGGGUGAACUAUCCCUUUAAGACGACCACAUUAGUUUGCCGUCAUAGAAAUCUAUAUUUGUCUUCAUCCUUCAUCCAAAAUGUUCUGUCCACCACCAGUCCUAACCUGAGGCCAGGUGAAGUAAAGGUGAGCCUUUGGUAGAUAUAGCUGCGAAUGCAGAAUGAAUAGAGUCGUGCUUGAUCUUUUUAGACUUGUUCCCUGACAGAAGCAACGACCUCAUCAUUUAACAGCUGCUUGAACAGCAUGUCUGUCAAUCUUUAAUAUACUCAACCACUACCUAUUAUUUUGUCAAUUUCUAAGUCCAUUUUUAAAUCUGCCACAUCUGAACUGAUCUAUAAACUGCAGACUCAUUCAAAUCCUGGUAUUGGCACCAGAUAUAUAAACUGUUCACCAAUCUGUUUAGCUACUGAUGUGUCCAUUUUAAAUUGAAAAGAUAUGAAAAACAAUUUAUUUAAGCUGGACCAUACUUUGUACACUAGUGCUUAAGUGUAUUGAAAUAUGUUUUGCACAGUAAUUACAAUGUAUGGUACUUUAUGCUGUCAUUUUGAAUUACGGCAGACUGUAAGGUAUAUGAACUUGAUGAAAUAUUUAGUGAAGACAGUACGUUGAAGGCACAUCUUUUCAAGUUACGUCUCCACAGUCUGCACAAAAGGCAACUGUAAAAAGGUGUUACGAGUACAACUGAUCUCUUCAUGGUUCUGUAUAACAGCCCCUCUUAACAUUAACUUUAAUGUGCAAUUUCAAAAUCAAGAAAUGACAUUUCUGUUCAUUCUUGUAUGUAAGAAAUUGCAUUAUUGCCCUUUCAAUUGAAAUAGUUUUUCUUUUCAUUUAAAUCAUUUUUUUAUUUUUUCAAUAAAGAUGAAUCUUCAGUGUUGAUUAAAAGCAGAAUGAGUGUUUUUCAUGAAAUAAUAAAAUAUGAGCCAAAAGCAUCAAAUUACAUAAAUACACAGACAAAUUUACACACACAAAUAUUCAGAUUUUGUGUUAUCAAAUUUCAAUUAUGCCACA